AUGGGCUUCACAGGAAUCGUUCAGGAAAUCGGCCGUGUGCGUGAGGUGCAGAAGGAAAAAGCGGCGAAACUGUGGGAUGGCUCCGUAGGGAAGUCACACACGUUCACCAUAGAAGCAUCCGCUGAGAUCCUCAACGAAAAGACGUAUGUAGGCGAGAGCAUAUGCACGGAAGGCGUUUGCCUAACAGUCACCGCUUUCAACCGGCCGGCCUCUGCGACUGAAAAAGGAUGGUUUCAGGUAAAUAUGAAUAAUUAAUCUUCUUGGACCUCGGACUCGGUGGAUACCAUUACCACAAAGAAUAAGUUGGUAAGUAGAUUAAUACAAUCUCAUUCUCACUCAAGAAUAUGAAACUCUCAAGAGCUCAAAGGGUGAAUACUACGACAUAUGAUUUAGACCUUUCAGGUACAAGCAGCGGGACACACUUUGGAUAUCACAAUGCUUGGGGAGCUCGUCGCUGAUUCCCCCGUAAACCUCGAGAAAGCAGUUUGCGUUGGGCAGGAUAUCUCUUACGAAAGGAUCCCCUGAGCUCCUGAUCUUCAGACUUACACUUGUACAACGCAUAUCUAUGAUUCAUAAAAUCAAUUUUUCAUUGUUGGAGUUCACUCUGUUACUUCAUCAAGUAGUGCAUUAUACUGCUAUGGUUCAUAAAAUCAACUACGUGUCUAGCUAGCUAGGCUGUUAUUUCUUAGACAACGAGCACAUUUUUAUACACUUCUUGUUUUUACUAUGUAUGCGUAUGGUGGUGAAUGCGAAUAGGUGUUGUGAAUUCUAUCCUUCUAAGUCACUGGGCAUGAAGUCCAGGGCCACGUUGAUUGUACAGUUGAGAUUAUCAAGAAAUGGCAAGACCGGGACAACCUGAGACUUCGUUUUCGACUUCCACAACAAUUGCGUUCUCUUAUUGUAAUGAAAGGGUACGUAGCACUCGGUGGGGCGUCCCUGACAGUAUGCAACAUCACACGGGAUACGUUUGAGGUAUUAUUUUCUAGCCUAGUACGUACAUGCUUACAUAAAGAUUUAGUAUAUAACAAGAUUCAAGCAGGUCAAGGUUGAUUAGAUACUAGAUGGUAGAUUCUUCUACUUGUCCUUCUAGUUGUUGUUCGUCAUCAUCUAGGAAAGCUGGAUUCACCUAAACUUGUACCCGUUCUUUUUCUGUCAUUCCUGUAUCUGCAACUGCAAGGAUGACUACUCUGUCUGGUCCAUAGUCGACUCUAUUCGUUCCUACACUCUCUUGUCAACUGUCUUCGUUCUUAAGGUAAUGUUGAUUCCGCACACAGUCCAAAGGAUUACGCUUGCGCGGAGAGCUGUCGGUGAUCGGGUGAAUGUGGAGGCGCACGUAAUCGGCAAGUAUAUCCUAACACAGAUGGACGUCGCUCUAGAGCGCGAACGUUUCCUCGCUAGGCUGGCGCUGGGCACUUCACUUGUCGCAUUGUUGACAGCUGCGGGUGCCAUGGUACUUACGGCUAAUUCACGAUUGAGCGGCGCAAGCAGGUAGCACGAACCGCAGCUAGGCAGAGUGACGCAGACGAAGACCUGCUGUGGCGGUCGUGACAGGAGUGGUUGCGCGCCGCUAACCAUGACAGAGCGCGGGCUACAAAGGCUAAAGGACUCUGCUCCACUCAGUACUAGAGAUUAUCCAUGCAGCCUCUCACCCUGGAUUUUAUUGGCCUGCUAGAGCUGAAAGUAUUGUCGCACUGCAGGAAAAUUGAAAAAGAAAUAUUUCUGGAGCCUGGAAGAUAUAAAAUGGUGCAACACUCCUUCUCGUUCGCGGCCGGUUAUGGAACAGGCACAGUAUUAACUUAAGCCAAUGCUAGAAAAUUCUCAGCUAUGCAUGUUGAUGUUCAUGUUGUACGGAGCACACAUAUACAGUCUGUAUCUGUUGCUGUUAUUGUCAGCGUCCUGAUGAUCGUAGUGUCUUCCAAUCGCGCGAACAUGUUUACUCUGAAAUCGAUCUGAUUGGUAUUUCCUCCACUGGUCGGUGGAGGUCUUUGUGCAGCAUGCCAGGAGCAGGAAUUGACACUUGGAUCAUGAAAGAAGCCGAUCUUGAUAGAUUGGUACGUAAAUUGCGCUUCCACCUUUCGUAAUCGUAUUCCUAAGAAACAUAACCAUUCGACGUUGUAAAUGAUUUUUUGUAACGAGACACAUGAUGUUGUACAUCCACAACUACAACAUGCUAAUCAAUCCACAAAAACAAUCGCCAGAAAUAAGAUGAAUGCCCGUAAAUUAUGAUGUGCAGUGGCGAUGAUGAUGAAGAUGCUGUCCAUCAUUAGAAAGUAUUGAUGAUCUCAAAAUAAAUGCCGUCCUUGCCCACUAAGUCUCAAACUCAAACAAUUCAGACGCUUGAAACUCCAGGAAAGUUGUUCUGGUAUUAAUGAACGAAUUGAAACCAAAUCUCUACCUUCAUGCAGUGAAAGCGAAAUUUUUCGUGCCCAAAUCUAUCAUUUACCACGACGUAAUUUUCUCCUGGCUGCUUCACGUUCUGCACAUGCUGCUCAACGUGUAUUGUAGUUGUUCUUUUUGAGGCGGUACUAUUUCCAUGAAAUAGUUGUAUGUUGUAAGGAGCAGGCUGUGGCUAUGAAGAUGCGCAUCGUUGAUGAUCAUAACGAAUCAGAUGAAUUUCAAUAGGAAUUCGAAAUCCAAGUCUAAGCUGCCAGC